CUUCUUCUCGUCUCACCACCAUCCACCAUAAGUAUCGGAGAGAGGAGGUGCAUUCGUUUACCAAAAACAUCUCGGAGAAUACCCAGCAGAAGAUAGCAGCAGAAGCUCGAGUGUUGAAAGAGAGCCAAAGAUUCUGCCUUUUUUGUCCCGAUCCCGAGAAAGGAUUUCGGCGCAGGCGUUUGUCACGUCGAGUUAACUUGGUAGUUCACCCCUCGUUUCGAGAAUCAAAGUAUCAACUUCUAGCGCAGCUCUCGAGUUUUGAUUUUGCGGGUGAAACAAGCUAUUUCGCACGAAGGUAGUUUUAAUCGAGAGCGAGAAAGAGAGAGAAGAGGCAAAAAAUGGCAUCCAAAGUAUCGAUCUCGAGCUUGCUGACUCUGGCGGUCAUUAUGGUGCUCGCGACGUUGCUGGCGCAGCAUCAAGUGCACGCCAUGCCGCCGACCCAGUGCAGUCCGAAUCUGCUGGACGAGGUGCCGCCGAGGAUCCGCAAGGUCUGCUCGGCCCUGUCGACCCUCUACGAGCUCGGCUCGGCAAUGGAAAAUUACAUCAACGAGAAGGUUCCAGUGCUGAGAGAAAAUAUCCCUCUGCCUGAUAGUGGGGUGAAACGCCAGGACGUGGACCACGUGUUUCUGCGUUUCGGCAGACGGCGCUAAGGGAUGAAACAAAUGAUUCAACAACCAAAAAUUAAAAUAAAUAUUAAAAAAUAAGAUCUCUAUUACAUGCCUGUGCACAUAAUACCUAUAUAUUUAAUUACCGAUCGACAAAUAUUUACUCAAGUCAAGCCAUCAUCAUUUUAUUGACGUUUCCAUUUCCUUCUAUUAAACGAAAAUAUUAUAUAAUAUAAUAUAAUAUGUAUAUUACGCAGUGAGCAAAAUUUCAAUAAUAUACUGAAGGAA